AAUUGAAUGAGAUUUUUAUCCAUUUCUCUCCCAUUUACGGGAACCAUCUACACACUUUCAACUCCCACUUCUACACCGCCACACACAUACACACACUAAAUAUCUCUCCCUCUAGAAUUCUCUAUGAACAUCUCGCCACUCUCUUUCUAAACACACACAAAUACACGUAAUGUUGGGAAUGAGAUGGACUCCCCCAAGACCGCCAUCCUACUGCUCCUCCGGCUACGAGCUCUUUCCCUACUAACUUCUUUUUCCACCGAUUCUCAAUUCGAAGAAUUCAGAGGCGGCGUCCUUUCUCCUCUGGCGGAUUCGCCACCAUCUCGUCGGAAAUCCGGGGUCCCAUCGUGCGUGUUUCUCCUCUCCAAAGGCUAUCUCCGUGAGUCAAGGGUGGAGUCAGGAAAAUUCAAGUUAAAGAGUUUUAAGCGAACAAGGUUGAGCAGCGAAGUGGUGGAGGAAGUGCUAUUGAUACAAGACAUUUUAUUCACACUUGGUUAG